AUGGCCUUCGCGCCCGCGGGGCCUGCGGCCUCCUUCUUCGAGGCGCUGGACCGGCACAGGGCUGCGCUGCGGGCCGCCCUGAGGAGAGGGGGCGAGGCGCCCGCUCGAGGGGUGACGAGCCGGGCCUCUAGUUCUGAAGUUCUUGCAUCUAUCGAAAAUAUUAUCCAAGGCAUAGUCGCCAGUUUGGCAAGCAGCGAAGCACCCGUGUUCAUGAUGGACAACAGAUCAAGCUGGGAAAAUAUCAAGUUUGAAGAUUCCGUGGGUCUUCAAAUGGUAUCUCAUUGUACCACAAGAAAAAUCAAAAGCGAUUCACCAAAGUCCGUUCAAAAUUUUGCACUAAUCCUGAAAGUACUGUCCAUGAUUUAUAGGCUCGUACAAAGCAACACGUAUGCAACCAAAAGAGACAUCUAUUACACCAACAGCCAGCUCUUUGGCACCCAGACUGUGGUGGACAAUCUAAUCAAUGACAUUUCCUGCAUGUUGAAAGUGCCGAGGAGGAGUCUGCACAUAUUAUCAACGUCGAAAGGCUUAGUAGCUGGCAAUCUGAGCUUCACCGAGGAAGACGGCACCAGAGUGAGCUGUACAGGCUGUUCCACAGCUGUUGCUGUGCCAUCUAAUAUUCAAGGACUCCGGAAUGUCAUUACAGAUGCAAAAUUCCUCUUGAUUGUAGAAAAAGAUGCAACAUUUCAGCGCCUCCUAGAUGACCAGUUUUGCAGCAAAAUGUCUCCGUGCAUCAUGGUUACGGGAAAAGGUGUUCCCGACCUGAACACAAGACUGCUAGUCAAGAAGCUGUGGGACCUGUUCCACCUCCCUCUCUUCACCCUGGUGGACGCCGAUCCCCACGGCAUAGAGAUCAUGUGCAUCUACAAGUACGGCUCCCUGUCCAUGGCUUUUGAAGCUCAUAAUCUCACGGUUCCAGCGAUGAGAUGGCUUGGCCUCCUCCCUUCUGAUAUUCAAAGGUUAAAUGUACCUCAGAAUACUUUAAUCCCACUCACCAAGCGGGACCAGAUGAAACUGGACAGCAUCCUGAAGAGACCGUAUGUCACCUGCCAGCCAUUUUGGAGAAAAGAAAUGGAAAUAAUGGCAGCCUCCAAGAUGAAGGCGGAAAUUCAAGCUCUGACCUUCCUGUCACCUGAUUACCUUUCCCGGGUGUACUUACCCAACAAACUGAAGUUUGGAGGAUGGAUUUAA